UCGAUAAGAGAAAGGGGGAAAGGGGAAGCGAUGGGUAGGACUCCUUGUUGCAUCAAAGAUAACGUGAAGAAAGGGCCAUGGACGCCAGAAGAGGAUAUCAUCUUGGUUUCCUACAUCCAAGAACACGGAUCAGGGAAUUGGAGAUCUGUUCCUGCUAAUGCUGGUUUGCGUAGAUGCAGCAAGAGUUGUAGACUUAGGUGGACUAAUUAUCUUCGCCCCGGUAUCAAACGUGGCAACUUCACUGAAAGCGAAGUGAAAUUGAUCAUCAAUCUUCAAGCCCUUCUUGGAAAUAGGUGGGCUACAAUAGCCUCCUAUCUCCCAGAAAGAACCGACAAUGAUAUCAAGAAUUACUGGAACACUCAUCUGAAGAAGAAGCUAAUGAAAAGCCAUGAAGGCCAUAGCCAAGAAGGUUCCUCAUCUUCCAUGUCCAUGUCCUUGUCCAAAGGGCAGUGGGAGAGACAGCUACAAACUGACAUCAACAAGGCUAAGCAUGCUCUAAGCCAGGCUUUGUCCUUGGACAAACAAAGCACUUUGCCUGAGCCAAAAUCAUCUGAUUUCUCAACCCGAUCAUCCACCGCUUAUCCUUCCAAUACUGAAAACAUAGCGAGGUUGCUCAAAAACUGGAUGAAGGAGCCCCCAAAGUCAUCUCAAACUGGAUCCUGGGAAACCACUUCCCAGACCUCCAUCACCAAUACCCCUUUUACUGCAGGUCCUGAUGAAAUCAUAAACAAGACUAAGGCGACGCCCUUAAUCAUGGCAGGUUCAUCUAGCACAAAUCAAGUCGCUUAUACUGUAGGAUUAUCUAGCACCGUUACUGAAGCAACACCAAAAGCGGUGGCGAUGACUUCCAUGGCACUAGACUCUGACUCCAUUUUUAACUUCACUUCUUACGACUCUGAUGCAUCGAAUGUCCCUGUGAAUGUGAUCAUGGAGGAUGCCACAAGCAGCAAGCCCGUAACUGGCCUCCCCCAAGCUGAGAUGAAGCCAAAAUUCAGCCAAGGUCCUACAUUUGAAUUUGAGAAAUGGCUUAUGGACGAUGAUGAUGAUGAUGGUGAAGGGCAAUUUGAUCUCAUAGACCUACCAUCCGAUGGGGAAAAUUGAUGGGUUGUUUUAGGGUGGAUCUCAAGUGGAGUUUUAGGCCUAAUAGCUAAUAGGGUUUCUUGUUCUCUUGAGGAGUUUAAGGCCUGAACUAAUAAGGUUUCUUUUUUCUUCUUUUUUUUUGUCAUUUUAGUUUGGUUGAGGGAAAAAAUAAUUGGGUUCCUUGGUAGCUAGCGUUUAAAAGAAA